AUGGCCGCUCAAGUUGGUGAAACCGUCGCCGUCCCCAUUGCGGAUGAGCAGUUGAAGGACGGGGUCAUUGCUAAUAAGAGUUGGGAACCAGGGACCACAAGCAGCGUCACUCCCGCCACUUCUGCGGACGAAGCCGUUGAGCAGGUGGCUGAAAAGGCGAAGGAGCUGGCCAAAGACAUUGGGGCCGUCCCCGCCGAGGAUAAGAAUGACGCUCCUGUGCAGAAUGGCACACAUACCGACGAGGACAAGGAACGUGGUGCUGAGCAGAAUCCCGGUGUCGACGAGAAGCCCGAGCCAGCAUUGGAGCUGCUGUCCAGGCCGGAUGGCCCGGAAGCCGAGCCGGCUGUCGCUGUCUCCGAGAAGCCCGAAUCGAACGGCGUCACACCCGAGCAGGCUCCGGUCGCUGAACCGACAUCGACCCAGGUCAAGUCUGACACACCCGCUGUCGAGGAAAAGUCGAAGCCUGUCCCGGAACCGUUGGAUCGACCAGAUGUCGCGGCUGACGAGAAAUCAUCCGUGGCCGAGCCGGCGACAACUGAAGUCGCGCCUCAAGCACCGGUUGUAGAUGCUCCGACUGUUGAGGGAUCAACUAAAGCCGAAGCCGCAGAGGAGAAGGUUAAUGAGUCUGCUGAGGAGUCUCCCGCAGAAAGCAAGUCGACUGAAACUCCGGCUGCAACCGAGCCCGUUCAGGAAGCCACAAGCGCUCCCCCCGCUGAUGAGGCUGAAGCUAACUUAAAGGCCGAAACUCCGGAAGAAACCGAAAAGGAGCCAGUCGCUGAGACAGCGGCUGCCGCUGACGAGCCUUCGGUCGAAGAAUCCAAGCCAGCAGAGCCGGAGCCAACUCCUGAAGCUGCAGGGCCAGCGGCUCAACCCGUCGUAGAAGCUGAACCCGAACAGCAAGAAUCUUCGGCUGAGAAAUCUGCCGAAUCAACUACCGAGGAAACCAAGGCAGCCGCGGAAUCGGUAAAGGAACAUACGCCCGAAACCCCUGCUGCAGAACCGACGCCGGAAGCCGAAAACAAACCUGCCGAGUCCGAAGCCGUCAAGGAGCCUGUGACUGAGCAACAAGCUGCCGAAUCUACGGAGAUGACUUCUACAGGAAGCGCCGGGGAGGCAAAAACCGAAGAGCCUACGGUGGAGGCUAAGCCUGCUGAUGAGGAGCCUUUGAAAGAAAGCAAGGCCGAAGAAGUCACGACCGAGACACCUGCCGUCGAUGCCGUGGAAGAAGCCCCCAAGGCCACCGAAGAACAACCUUCUACUGAAGGCGCUGCUGAGCAGCUGACCCAGGAAGCCGCAGUCGAGAAAUCGGCCUCCGAAACUCCUUUUCCAGAGGCCGUCGCCGCCGAGGAGCCAGCUAAGGAAGCAGUGACUGAGGAGCCCAAGGCAGAAGAAACCGCGGCACCAACCGACUCCACUGAGGCCCAGAAAGAAGCCGCAGAGGAGCCAGUUAAGGAAGCAGUGACUGAGGAGCCCAAGGCUGAAGAAACCGCUGCACCCACUGAGCCCAUUGAGGCUCAGAAAGAAGCUGCGGAGGAGCCGGUUACGGAAGCAUCUACUGAGGAGCCCAAGGCAGAAGAAGCCGCAGAGGAGCCAGUUAAGGAAGCAGUGACUGAGGAGCCCAAGGCUGAAGAAACCGCUGCACCCACUGAGCCGAUUGAGGCUCAGAAAGAAGCUGCGGAGGAGCCGGUUACGGAAGCAUCUACUGAGGAGCCCAAGGCAGAAGAAGCCGCAGAGGAGCCAGUUAAGGAAGCAGUGGCUGAGGAUCCCGAGGCUGAAGAAACCGCUGCACCCGCUGAGCCCAUUGAGGCUCAGAAAGAGGCUGCAGAGGAGAGCAAGGUGGAAGAGCCUGCUGUCGCCCCUGAGGCUGAUGAGCCCGUAAGAGAAGCUGCAGGGGAUCUCAAAGGUGAAGAGGUGGCAACCGCUACUGACGCUGUUAAAUCUGUGGAGACCACAACCGUCGAGCCUGCUGUCGAAGCGGAAGCCGCAACGGAGAAGGCCAAGGUAGAGGAAUCGACCACUGUCGACGAAGUUGCUGAAACCGAAGUCGCUGAAACAGCAAAGGAAGUCGCUUCCGAAGAGCCCAAGACUGAGGAACCUGUCGCCGUUGCUGAAGCUGUCGAUGAGCCCGCAAAGGAGGUUGCAAACACCGAGCCCUCAGAGGCGGCUGUCCCUGAAAACCCCGCCCCAACCGAGGAACCUGAGAAGGGAGCCACAAAUGAAGAGCCAAAGCCCGCAGAAGCCGUUGCCGAGCCUAUGACUGAACCUGCAAAUGUGGCAGUUGAAACCGAGGAGUCGAAGGAAGCCACAGAAGCCGCCGCCGAAUCUGCUGCCGAACCUGCUGUGGCAGAGACCGCCGUCGAGAAUGUUUCAGAAGCACCGGCUGCAGAGAAGGAAGCUGUGAGUGAGGAGCCUAAAGCCGAGGAGCCCAUUGCCACGGCGGAAUCUCCGGAAGUGCCGGGUAAGGAGACCGUGGUCGAAGAGUCAGCCCCAGAUUCGGUAACAGAGUCGAAAGACGCACCUGCCGAGGUAGCCGCAGAGGCUUCCAUAACUGAGGUCCCCGCGGUGCUAAAAUCCUCAGAGGAGCAAGCCGACAAGGCUGUCGCUGAAGCUCCAGCGGACACCACGCCAACAGCGAAGCCUGUGGAAUCGGCAACUCAGGAACCCGCAACCGAGACCGCUGAUGCUCCAUCGGCGACUGAGCCUGCUACUACCGAAUCACCUAAAGAACCAGCAAGUGAGGCUCCCACUGAAGUGCCUACCGUGGAGACCGUGGCGACGGAAGAAGUUACCGAGGCUGCCCACGAUAAACCUGCGGAAGAGCAGCCGGAAACAGUAGAUGGCGCCUCUGGAAAAACAGUUGACGCAGAGGUUCCAGGCGAGACUCAGUCCACCACAACAGCGGAGGCAAUCGCCGCAGCGCCCAUUGAAAAGUUUGCCACUGAGGAAACUGUAUCCAAAAUUCCCGUAGAAGGGGUUUCUAAGGAAGAGACUACCGUGGGCGAGCCUGGCACCGAGAAACCCGAUGAAGCCGCUGCACCUGAGGUAUCUGAGGUUGAGGUUGCCGAGGAGAGCAAGGCACCAGAGACCACUCCUGCAGAGAUUGCUCCCGCCGAAUCCACCAACGCUACUCCGGAAGCUAGUAAAGCAGAAUAUGCUCCCGCUGAAACUGCUGAAGAGGAGCCGCCUGUUGAAAAACAACUCCCCGACGAGACAGCAGCUCCGGCCAGUGUCGAGGAACAGCCUGCUGGAGAAUCCUCCACAACAGAUGCAGUUAACACUACCGAAUUGACGUCUGCAGAUGCUGCUUCAGAGCCAGUGCCGGAGGCGGCCACUGACGACACUACCGCGACUGCUCCUGUUGUUACAGCAGAACCUGCUGCUGAGGCUGCAACAAGUGCUCCUGAAGAACAGAAAGAGGAGGCUGCAGCCCAGGAGCCAGAUAGCAAACCGGUGGAUAAGGACUCCACCGCUGUCGAGGCUACACCAGCUGAGACUUUGAAGGAGGAGCCUGUAACCGAGUCUGUCACUGAAAAUGCUGCUGAAGCCGACAAGGUAGAACCUGAAGUUGUCGAGCCGUCGAAGGACGCGUCCCCCGUGGAAGUCAUCGAAGAGCCUGUCGCAGAAGCAGCUACAGAAACCACUGUUGCGGAGGAAAAUACGCCAGCUACCACUGAAAAUGAGCCCGCUUCCAUCAAGGAAGAGGUUACCGAACCGGCUGAGCCAGUGAUUGAUGAGGCGGCAGUUGAAGAGCCAGUGGCCGAGAAACCCGCGGCGAAUGCUCCUGCAAUUGAGGCUGGUGCAUCAACUGUUCCCCAAGAAACGAGUGAGGAGUUCGAAGCCCCUUCAAAGCCAGCUGCUCCUUUGGACGAAGCAGCCAUUGUCGAAGCUCCCGCAGUCGCAUCUGAGGAGCAGAAACUCGACGAAGUCAGCGCAUCCGAAAUCCGGCCCGAGACAUCUCAGCAAGCUCCUGAAGAAACAACGCCGGUCCCCGAGAAAGAACCCACUGCUCCUGAGCCAGCUGAAUCCAAGGUUGAAGUCAAAGACGCUGAGGUGCACCCCGUCGAGAGCGUGGCUACCACGGAAGAAACAACCGCCGAAACCCCCAACACUUCGGUUGCUGGUGCAAGCCAGGAAGUACCCGCACAGGUCGAGGAAGAGAAAGUCUUCAAGGAUGAAGACAGCUUCCCGACCUCUGAGGUCAUAGCUGGCGGCGCUGCCGCUGCCGCUGCAGCUGCAGUUGUUGCCGGAGCAGCCGCUGUUGCCCACAAAGAAGAGCCUGCAGCAGCUCCUGUAAAGGAAAGCGAGGUUCGGCCAAGCCAGCCCGAGACUGAUAGAGAUGCUGCCACCCUACCUGCGCAACGUCAGCCAUCUGUCACUGAUGAACAGCCUGAGGCUGACCCUGCACUGGCUGCGCUGGCUGGCGAUGGUGAGGCGCUGUUGAAGAAGUUGGAGCAACCAUCCACAGAGCAACUUCCUGUUCAUACAGAAAAUGCUCCUAAGGCUCCUGAGAAUGCGAACCAAGAAAAUGAGACACAGACUGCCACGGAGAGUGGCCCGUCCGCGACACUUCAGCCACCUUCGACCACGGAAGAGACUGCGGACGACGCAGCGGCGAGCAAGGGAGAUGAUUCCCGAUCCCCAAGCCAGAACCGGUCAGUCACUGCUGUUUCUCUUAAUCACAAGAAUGACAGCUGGUUGAAGAACAUCCUGCGUGCUGUGUUUGUUAAUUUCAUUGGUUCUAUAUUUGCACCCUUCCGCCGCCGUGGGAGGGCGAACUAG